AUGAUCGAAAUCAUUUAUAAGAUUCAAACUGAAAAUUAUUUAUUAGUUACAUUUUAUGAUAAUUUAUUAAAUGAAAUUCCAGUUCCUGAAUUUAUUGAAUGUGAAGGAUUUAGUAAUAGAAAUUCAGUUAUUAAAAACACAUUAUCUGAUACAAAUUCAUUUUUAAUUUUGUAUCCUGCAAAUAACAAAUAUAAUAUUAAUGUUGAUACAAUUGCAUUUAAACCAAUUACAACAUUAGAUCAAAUUUAUACUUAUUUUAUUGAUCCUGCAAAUGUUUUAUUUUCUAGAUGUAAUAUUGUAGUUAAAGAAUAUUUAUUUGAUCAAAAUAAUUUAGAUAGAUAUAAAGUAGCAGUUUUAACUACUUUAGUUUCUCAAUAUUUUGCAAAUCAAUUUAAUAAUACUAGAUCUGAGUUAGAAAAUUUUUUAAAGUUCAAUAGUAAUAAUGUGUGGCAAAAUCCUGAUGAAAAAUGUAAAAUGUUAGAAGCAUUUACACAUUUUAGUUACAAAUAUUCAAAUUAUCAAUUAGUUAUUUGUGAUUUACAAGGUGAUUUGUACAGUUAUAAUUAUGAAUUAACUGAUGCUGCAAUUAAUUCACAAACUGGUUUAUUUGGUUUUACUGAUAGAGGAUUAGUUGGAAUGCAAAAUGUGUUAAACAUUAUUCAAGAUUAUGAAAAGCGAAUUUAUGAUCUUGAAUCUGAAAAUCAAUUUCUUAAAGAAAGAAAUAAUUAUCUUAAUGAUUUAAAUCAAUAUCAUAUAAACUUAUUUAUCAAUGCUUAUUACUAUUUUGAUUAUCAACAUUUUGAACAUGAAGUUGUUAAUUAUGUUGAUGAAGUUAAUGUUAUGAAAGAAAAUGAAGUAAUUGUGAUUGAUGAAGAAAAUGUUAAAAAAGAAGAAACAGAAGAGGGAAGCUUAAAAUUCGAUAGACAAAGUAUUAUUUCAUUGAGUGAUGAUGAUAGUACUGCUUGUAGUUGUAUCGAAUAUGGAGGUAGUUGUGAAGAUUGUUUUAUUAAAAAGUUUAAAUCUGAAUAUGAUUCAGAAGAUAAUUUUAAUUAUGAUAAUUAUAAUGAAGCUUAUUAUAAUGUAUUUAAUGAUGAUGAAAGAGAAUAUAAUGAAAAUUAUCAUAUUGCCAAUACGAAUAAUUUUAAUUAUAAGGAAAACGAGAGUGAUGAUGGUUAUGAAGCAUUUUUACAAAAGAGAGAAUAUAAUAGUUAUGAUAAAUAUUUAGAAGACAAAAAUAUUCAGAAUUUUGAAUAUUAUAUGUCACAACAUUCUCAAA